AGUAAUCACCGGAGAGACGAAGUUCUCGGGGAAAGGAAAUUUCGAUUGUAUCAUCCACUACGAUCCUUAGUUUAUAGAUUUUCAAGUAAAAUUAGUCGAAAUUAGAUUCUAGGUUUUGGAUUAUUUUAGGGUAAUUCGGAUUGGAUUCUGCCAAUAAGUGGGUUGAUCAUGGAGUUGCUGUGAUGCGUUUUCUUUAAGCACCUCCGUCGUGAUACUGUCUCACGAGCUUAAGUUGUGUAGGCGUAUGGUUCGGUGAACGCUUUAGUUUUUCUUAUGCUCAUUUGUAUCAGCCCCGAGGAGAACAGUUGUAUGCGUACUUGAAUGCCGUUUGAUUCGCCAUGAAAUCAUCGAAUGAGAUAAGAAAGAAUCGUUCGGGUUCUCCUUCUGGGAAGAAGAGUAAGAAGCUUGCUGCAAUAUGUGAGGAGGAAUACAAAAAAAACCAUGGGGAGUCGAUGGAUAGGGAUGGUUGUGCUGACUCUGAACUUCGGCGGAGCUCUAGGGUCAGGAAGAUACCUAACAUCCUGGACGCUUCUCCUCCUCCUCCAAAGAAAAGGCAGCGUUUUAAUAAUCGCGGGGAUAGGAGUUCCACUAGUAUAGAGAGAGUGAGUAAGCACGAGAAGGGGGAUUUGGAUACCCCAGAUGGUUGGAAAUCCAGGUUGAGGUCAAAGAAGAGGAACGCUGGUUUUCAAGGGAAGAGGAGACAAAGAGGUGCGGUUAAGGGGAAAAGAAAGCUCGUUUUCAGAAAUGGUUCCGAUGAGUUGAGUCAAAAAGCAGUGGCAAGAGAAAUGGAAGAGGAAGGAGGAUCCCCUAAAGGUGGGAAGCUGAUUAAAACAAAAAGAUCAGUGGAAGUUAAGGAAUCCGAAAGUUCGGAGGAUGGGGAAAAAGAGUCGGAUACCAGUAAUUCUGAAGAUGAGAGUGCUAGCGAGUCAGAGGAAUCAACACAAGCUGACAGUGAAGCCAGAGAGGAAGAUAAGAAGAAGAAGGCUACCAAAAGAUCUGUUGUUUUAGAGAGUGAGAAUGAAGCUGAAAUUGAUGGAACGGAGACUGAGAGCGAGGAUGGAACAGAUAGUUCUGACAAUGAGAUUGAUGAUAGUGAUGAAGAGGGAGAAAGUGAGACACAAAGUAGUGCAGAGAAGACAGGAAGUGAGACUGAAGCUACUGUGGAUGAAAUGAGAGAUGAUACUAAUGUUAGAAUGGAAGCAGUGCAAAAUGAAAGUCGGGGUCCAAUGGAAGGAUUGGAAAAUGAGAUUGAGAUGGGAGUUCAAGAUGUGACUACAGAGACGGGUGUAAUGAUUUCUGGAAGUGAAAAUGGCACUGGUAUAGGGGAGGAUGAUAGUGAUCUUGCUGAUAAAAUUAAGAACAGAAAAGGAGAUACCUUAAAUUCUGAACAACUUCGCGAAGCUAGCAUCAAGGUUAAUGAGAGUUUGAAGCAGAAUGAUGACAUCGGAGAGCAAGGUGUUUCUAGUACACCAUCUCAUGAUAAGACCAAAGAACAAAGUGAGUUUCUUAUUAGAGGGGGUGAAAGUGUGGAAAUGCUUGACGAGUUUCCUAUUCAGAAUGAAACUUGCAAGAAGGCAGUUGACUCAAUUUGUACUUCAUCAGAUAGACUCGGUAAGCCAAUCUUCAAGCAAACCAGACGAUGUGGGUUAUGUGGAGUUGGUACUGAUGGCAAACACCCAAAGAAGUUGUUGCAAGAUAAUGGUGACAGUGAUUUAGAGGAACAUAGCGGGUCUUCAUCUUCAGAGGAGCCAGUCUAUGACAUAUUGGAUGGUUUUGGCGAUGAUCCUGGAUGGCUUGGCCGUCUAUUGGGUCCUAUAAACGAUCGUUAUGGAAUUUCUGGAACUUGGGUUCAUCAGAAUUGUGCCGUAUGGAGUCCUGAGGUUUACUUUGCUGGUGUAGGAUGCUUAAAGAAUAUAAGGGCGGCACUUUUCAGAGGGAGGUCAUUAAAAUGCACUCGUUGUGCAAGACCUGGGGCAACCAUUGGUUGUCGGGUUGAUCGAUGUCCAAGAACCUAUCAUUUGCCUUGUGCACGAGCUAAUAGUUGCAUCUUUGAUCACCGUAAGUUUCUCAUUGCUUGCACAGACCAUAGACAUCAUUUCCAACCCCAUGGUCGUCAGUGUGAAGUCAGAAUGAAGAAGAUGAAAGCCAAGAGGAUGCGAUUGGAGAUGAAGAAGCACUCAAAUGAUGCCUGGCGUAAGGAUGUGGAAGCAGAAGAAAAGUGGUUUGAGAAAUGUGGUGAAGAUGAAGAAUUUUUAAAACGUGAAAGCAAGAGACUGCAUCGAGAUUUGUUAAGAGUUGCUCCUGAGUAUAUUGGGGGUUCUGAUUCUGAGAGUGGAAAGGCAUUUGAGGGAUGGGAAUCUGUUGCUGGGCUUGAGGGUGUAACUCAAUGUAUGAAAGAGGUUGUUCUUAUACCCUUACUAUAUCCAGAAUUCUUUGAUAACCUUGGACUUACACCUCCAAGAGGUAUCCUCUUGCACGGACAUCCUGGAACUGGAAAAACUCUUGUGGUUCGAGCGCUGAUCGGUUCCCUUGCUCGUGGUAAUAGACGGAUAGCCUACUUUGCCCGUAAAGGGGCUGACUGUCUGGGAAAAUACGUUGGUGAUGCUGAGCGUCAGUUAAGACUUCUGUUUCAGGUCGCUGAAAAAUGCCAACCAUCCAUCAUAUUUUUUGAUGAAAUAGAUGGUCUCGCUCCCAAGCGGUCAAGGCAACAAGAUCAGACACAUAGCUCUGUUGUAUCCACAUUGCUUACUUUACUAGAUGGCCUAAAGUCGCGUGGCUCAGUGGUGGUCAUAGGUGCAACAAAUUACCCUGAUGCUAUUGACCCAGCAUUAAGGAGGCCUGGGAGAUUUGAUAGGGAGAUCUAUUUUCCACUACCAUCCGUUGACAAUAGGGCUGCAAUCAUCUCACUCCAUACUAGGAAGUGGCCUAAGCCAGUGUCUGGAUACUUGCUCAAGUGGAUUGCUAAAGAAACUGCCGGUUUUGCUGGUGCGGAUAUACAAGCUCUCUGCACACAAGCUGCCAUGAUUGCUUUAAAUAGGAGUUUCCCUUUGCAAGAAUCUUUGGCUGCUGCAGAGUUGGGAGUGUCUAGUAGUAAUCGUGCUGCUCUUCCAUCCUUCUCAGUUGAAGAAAGAGAUUGGUUGGAAGCUUUAUCCCGCUCCCCACCCCCAUGUUCACGUAGAGGAGCAGGAAUAGCAGCUAGUGAUAUAUUUUCGUCCCCGCUGCCCACUUACUUGGUGCCUUCUUUAUUACCACCAUUGUGUUCCUUACUUGUUGCUUUUCAUCUUGAAGAACGUAUCUUGCUACCACCUCUUCUUUCUAAAGCAGUGGUUGAUGUCCAAAAUGUGAUCCGCUCUGCUUUGAGCGACAAGAGGAUAACUGAGGGCUUUUGGUGGUCCCAUGUUGAUACUCUUCUCCAAGAUGUAGAUGUUGUAAAGGAUAUAGUACAAAGACUUUCUUAUACUGGGAUACUAGAUGGAGGUUGUGACGUGGUUAGAUCGAUUGCAAGCAUUCCUGGUGCUAAUGACUGUAGUUUGGGUUCUGCACAAUUCAUGGUACAGAGAGCUCGCCAACAUCCUGGGCUUUUGGGAAAUGCUUCUGUAGAAUCAACGAACAAGUCAGGGUUCCAAUUGCUUAUUGCUGGAGCAUCUAAAUCUGGUCAACGUCAUCUUGCUUCGUGUAUCUUGCAUUGUUUUAUUGGUAAUACAGAGAUGCAGAAGAUAGACACAGCAACAAUUUCACAAGAAGGAAAUGGGGAUCUGGUGUUAGGCAUAACUCACCUAUUAAUGAAAUGUGCUAGCAGGAAAUCAUGUGUGGUAUUCAUGCCAAGGAUUGACUUGUGGGCUGUGAAGACAGAAACUACACUGAAUGAGGAAGUUGAGUGUGAUGAUGAUUUUGUAAAGGAAAAUUGUUCUCCCAUUGUUCCAGAGAUUGGAGAGGAAAAGGCAUUGCAGAAUGCUGCUCGAGUUUCACAUGCUUGGAACACAUUUUUUGAGCAAGUAGAAUCAUUGCGAGUUUCCACAAAGAUGAUGAUUCUGGCUACUUCUGGCAUUCCCUACAAACUCCUACCUCCUAAAAUACAACAGUUCUUUAAGACUGACCUAUCAAAGGAGUAUCAGCCAACUAUGUCUGAGGCUGUUCCACAGUUCACUGUACAAGUUGUUGAAAAUUCUAACCAGGACAUAGUCAUUGACCUGUCUGCUACUGAGUUAUCAAGGCGAGCAAUCCAAGUGUUUCUUCAUUUGGUUCAUCAGGGAACCCAUACUCACUGUGACUUACGGAAGAAAUACCAAAGAGAGGAUCCUGACCGCAGAGAUGCAGCCUAUCAGAAUAAUAAUGAUCUUGGUGCAGGAGAAGAAGCAGUUGCUAAAUCAAAACCCCUUGAUGACGGUUCUGUAAAAGUUCCACCAUUACCUAUCAACAUUAAUGUGAAAGCGAAAUCAAGCCUGCAGUUAGCUGUCUCCACAUUUGGUUAUCAAAUUCUACGGUAUCCUCAGUUUGCUGAACUUUGUUGGAUAACAUCAAAGCUUAAGGAAGGGCCAAGUGCAGAUGUUUCUGGUCCUUGGAGAGGAUGGCCGUUCAAUUCAUGUAUCACUCGUCCUUGUAAUUCCUCAGAGCAGGCUAUUACUGCUUCCGAUUCCAACAAUGUUAAAGGCAAAGAUUCAUCUGGGAUUGUCAGAGGCCUUAUUGCUAUUGGAUUAUCAGCGUAUAGAGGAACCUAUUUAUCCCUGAGGGAAGUCUCUAUUGAGGUACGGAAGGUUCUUGAGCUCUUAGUUGGAUGGAUCAAUGUAAAAAUCAAUGCUGGAAAGGACAGAUGUCGAUAUAUUCGAAUUUUGUCUCAAGUUGCUUACCUGGAAGAUCUGGUUAAUAGUUGGGUAUAUGCAAUGCGAAGUUUUGAGUCGACCACUCCAACAGAGAUGACGGAUCCAUUGUCUUGUUCCGUACUCAAUCCAUCAGUGAGGAAUGAGCCAACUGAGCAAGGAUCAUCUGAUCGGUCAAAAGGGUUAGAAAAAGACCCGAAAGAAGAUACCGAAAACCUGAAUUGUCCAGACUCUAUAGCAUCUAGUAAUCUUAUCGAUAGUCAUCAGCCACUUCUGGAGAUUGCAAAUGGUCAUAGUGGAACAAAUCAUGAACCUUUACUUGAUACUGGGCAUCUUAUUACCCACAGUACGGAUGAAAUAAUGAUCGAAGAUUCAGGAGUGGGUUCCUUACGACAGGCUGUUCUUGAUCUUAACUCUCCUGCAGCUGACCAUGAACAGAGUGAAACUCACCAGGGAUCAUGCGAGGUAGAAACUACCACAACAGCCAUUGCUUUGCAAGGAAAAGCUAAUUCCAAAGAAAAUCCUCAUGGAUCUGGGGAGUCCAAUCCUCUCUCCCUGAAAGAUCCCCACAAAUUAGCGGACUUAGAUCAUAGUAAAGCCUGGGACGGAGUUCAAUGCUUAGAAUCUGCAAGCAACAUGUCGGAACAAGUUAAAAAAGAUGAAACAACUGCAAGUACUAAUCCUCUGGAUGACCCUAGUUUGGUGUGUUUGUACCGGUGCUGCUCCCAGUGUGUCUCCAUCCUCCACGAUUCUAUGCAUAAAUUAGUUACUCGCGAAUUGAGACUUGGUAAGAGUUACAUCACAACAGAGAGUAUACAUGAUGCAGUUUCUUCAUUAUCAGUUGAGCUUAUUGCUGCUGUUAGAAAGUUCAUCUCUGCAAAAAACAGUGGUACUACACAGGAAGGAAAGAUUGAUGAUCAAGAUGGGUGUCCAGAAAAGGAAGCGUGUUCUUGCAAGCACUUAUCCGGUAAUUUUCUUGCCUCAGUUGAAUGUUGCAGUCAUUUUGCUGAAGAGCGAGGGAGCUUAGAUGAAGCAAACACAAAUCCAAGCCCUAAGACUUGGCUAGAACCAUUAUUCAUUUUCAAAGAUGGAAUAUUGGUUCCGGUAAGUACUGAAGAUGACAGCUCUUUGCAUUGUAAAUAUGAUAGAUUCUGCCUUGGUUCUCUGGUAGAGUUAAUUGCAACUGAGAUGAAGCCUUUUUGAUGGAUUCAUCUGUUAUCUUAUGUUACCCAAAUCAACUGGUGUCUCUUGCCAUUGAUUUGCUGUGUACUGGUAAAACAAAUUUAGCUCAGGUAUGAAGAAAAAAAAAUCAGCAGCUUUCUGGCUCAAGUUUAUGGUUUUUCAA